CGCCGCCGCUUUGUUUGUCGGUGCGUUUGAAGUUUUUUUUAGCGUGCAACAAAUUGUUUACCUUAUCAAAGGAGGAGGCUGUCAUUAGCGCACUAGCUCGAGUCGCCAUUAGUCUUCGCCUUAGUCACAAUCCAGAAUGUCGGGAACCAUACUCGAGAACUUGAGCGGCCGCAAACUGUCCAUAUUGGUGGGCAGCUUGCUGCUGUGUCAAGUGUUGUGCUUCCUGCUGGGUGGGCUGUACGCGCCCGUACCCGCCGGCCAUACCAACGUACUUGGCUCUCUGUGCAGGGAGAACAAUGCGCGUCAGAACGACACCAGCUUCUUUUUGUACUCGCGUGGCGAAGGAGCCUGCACCCAGGUGACACGCGAGGAGGUGGAACAGGACUCGAUGAAGCUGGCCAACCAGAUUGUGCAUGUCUUCCAGAUGCCACUGCCGCGCGACAGUCGCGUGCUGGACUACUCGCGCUGGCAACAGAAUCUCAUUGGCGUGCUGCAAGUCGAGUUCGGCUAUGACUCUUCCUCGGAGCUACGCGAACCCCCAAAGGAGCUGCAGCUGACGAUCGACAUGCGCCUGGCCUACCGCAACAAGGGCGAUCCCGAUCACGCUUGGAAGCUGUACGCUCAUGGCGUGGAGCAUCGCUAUCUGGACUGCGUUGCCGCUCACAUCGGUGCCUCGGAGACGCUCUACACCUGCGACAUGAUUCCACUCUUUGAACUGGGGGCCCUGCAUCACAGUUUCUAUCUGCUGAAUCUACGCUUCCCGCUGGACACGCCCAAGCAGAUGAACCUCCAGUUCGGACACAUGCACGACCUCACGCUGACUGCGAUCCACCAGAACGGUGGCUUCACCCACGUCUGGCUGAUGCUGAAGACCUUCCUCUUUCCCUUUGUGGUGGGCAUCAUGGUGUGGUUCUGGCGCAGGGUUCAUCUGCUGCAGAGAUCUCCAGCCCUGCUGGAGUACAUGCUGCUCUAUCUCGGCGGCGCACUGACAUUCCUAAACUUGCCGCUGGAGUACCUGUCGCUCUCCAUCGAGAUGCCCUACAUGCUGCUGCUGAGCGACAUUCGCCAGGGCAUCUUCUACGCCAUGUUGCUCUCGUUCUGGCUGGUCUUUGCCGGCGAGCAUAUGCUGAUCCAAGACUCCCCCAACAAGUCCACCAUUCGUUCACGCUACUGGAAACAUCUCUCGGCCGUCGUCGUUGGCUGCAUCUCGCUGUUUGUCUUUGACAUUUCCGAGCGCGGUGUGCAGCUGCGUAAUCCAUUUUACUCCAUCUGGACGACCCCACUGGGCGCCAAGGUGGCCAUGAGCUUUAUUCUUCUAGCGGGUGUCUCGGCGGCUGUUUACUUUCUGUUUCUCUGCUACAUGAUAUCGAAGGUGUUCAAGAACAUUGGCGACAAGCGCACCUCAUUGCCAUCAAUGUCUCAAGCGCGUCGCCUGCACUACGAGGGACUCAUCUAUCGCUUCAAAUUCCUUAUGCUGGCCACACUGCUCUGCGCCGCUCUCACCGUAACUGGCUUCAUCAUGGGCCAAAUGGCGGAGGGCCAGUGGAAAUGGAAUGAAGACGUGGAGAUUCAGCUGACCUCGGCCUUCUUGACUGGCGUCUACGGCAUGUGGAACAUUUACAUCUUUGCGCUGCUCAUUCUGUACGCACCCAGCCACAAGCAGUGGCCAACAAUGCAUCACAGUGACGAGACCACGCAGUCGAACGAAAACAUUGUGGCAUCCGCAGCCAGUGAGGAGAUCGAGUUUAGCAAUUUGCCCUCCGACUCCAAUCCCAGUGAGAUAUCCUCGCUUACCUCCUUCACGCGCAAGGUGGCAUUUGAGUAGAGGAUUCCAUUUCCAUUAAGUUGUGUGCCAAGCAAAGAGCUGCUGUGGCUGUAACGCUCAGUUUAUUAGCAGUAGAGAGAGAGAGAGAGAGAGAGAGUGGAGUGUGUAUGUAGCAUUUCUUGCCUAGUUUCGCACUUAACAAUCUGUAUCAGCAUUAUUAAUUAAUUAACUUUAUCAUUAUCAAAUACCACAUAGACCACCUUCGGUAGCUAUUUCUCAAGCAAGCUCAAAGUGUUUUCCAAUCGAUUUGAAUGUUGAAUUUCCUCCUUUGUGUUUGCCUCGGCAGUCAGUAUUAUCUUUUGAGUCCAUUUUUAAUAGCCUGUAAGAUUUUUAUAUUCAUAAAUAUUUAUCAAGAUAACUUUUUAACAAUUUUUGUAUUUAUAUUUAUACAAUAUCUAUAUACAUACCACACCCAUAACUAUGCGUAGAAUUCCUUUGCCCCUCCAUAUUUUGUAACUGAAAAACGUAGAGCAAUUUUCUUACUCAAGUAGCGAUGCAACGAAUAAAAAGCAAUAUUAAAAAAGGCUAAA